CUUUCAUUGUAUAUUUUCACUUUGCUUAAUAGCUUCAGCACUCUGGAUCAAGAUCACUGCCUGUUCAGCCACCUCCUGGCUUCUCCAUGGCAUCCGAGCGUCAUUCUUCCGUCUGGAGUGGUAGCAAUUUCUUUCCCAUCUGUGAGGAAACAGCAAUAGAGAAGAGGAUGGAAGCUGGUCCCAUGCCAAAUUGGGCAUGGCAAGUCCAAGGUCAUUACGGCGGGGCAACUCUUACUCCACCGUUCUCUACUGCAGCAUCAUCAGGAUUCCCUUCAACAAUAAUACCAUCAGCUGCGGAUAGUCAAAUUCAUUUUCCAAACAUGACAUUCCUCCACCCACAUUUUCCACCAUCAAUCACUAACUCCAGCACCGUAUCCACUUUCUACUGCGGUACCUAAAAGUAUUGCCAGGUAGAGCAAUGUUACAAUUGCAAAUCUUCUUGACUUCAGCGUAUGGUUGAUAAACUAGUAGGACUAUAAGUAGCAAUAAAAUUAGAUAUUUCUGCAGAGCUUAAGAAAUGGAAGAUUAGAAAUAGGAGCCCCAAGACGUGCAAUUAGAUAUUUUAUAAUAAAAUGAAAAGAUAGGCACAUUGCACAUUCGCACUCUGUACCAGGUCAGUUUCAAAAACAUACAUGAAAACAAGUGAAUAAUAUGCUAGUAUUCAAGGUAUUAGCUUUCAGUUGCUUUGAUAUUAGAGAAAGGAAAAUAUGGCAACUAAUAGGCACUACUGUCUUGGCCUUCGUGUUCUGAUUGUACUAAUGGUUACCGGUGUUAGACAACCUUUUACUUGUAGAGAUGUGAGUUUUCUUUGUUUUCAUUUUCAAAAUAUCACAUUUUAUAAAAUAAAAAAUAUAUGGUACAAUAACUUGAUUAAACAAUAGUUAAAUCUUUAGUUGCCUGAUUGUUUUCUUAGAUUCUGUGGAAGUAUAAUUUUAGAGUAGCUUGGUUGUGGUGGAGUGUCAUUUUUGAAAAUCAUUGAGGGGAUUAUUGUCAUCAACUCACAUUCGGGUCUUUUUAAAUAAGAUAUAUUGGCAUAUGUAAAUUUGAUAAUCAAUUGAUGCAGGCAUGUUCAAGGCAUGUUAAUUUUUUUGGUGUGUUGAUAGUUUUAAUGACUAUUUUACUGUAAGGCUUAAUUGUAUGUGCAUGUUCGUAACUUUUUUGGUGUCUUGAUAUGUUCAAUGAUGAUGUCAAGUUCAAUUUUUUUAACAUCUAGCAAUUGGAUUGGUACUUUUGUUGUGUUGGAAGCUCACCUAUUAACUCUAAUUUGAACUCCAAGUUAUUCUCUGGUUUGCUUUCAA